GUUCCCGGAAAAGCGUAAAGAAUUUUUACAUCAGUCAUGGCAGCGCUGGAGACGGUGCCGAAGGAUUUGAGGCACUUGCGAGCUUGUCUUCUUUGUUCGUUGGUGAAGACCAUAGAUCAGUUUGAAUAUGAUGGUUGUGAUAACUGCGAUGCCUAUCUGCAAAUGAAGGGAAAUCGAGAGAUGGUGUAUGACUGCACUAGUUCUUCUUUUGAUGGGAUCAUAGCAAUGAUGAGUCCUGAAGACAGCUGGGUCUCUAAGUGGCAGCGAAUCAGUAACUUCAAGCCAGGUAUCUAUGCAGUAUCAGUGACUGGACGGUUACCCCAGGGUAUUGUGAGGGAACUGAAAAGUCGAGGUGUUAUCUACAAAUCAAGAGACACAGCUAUCAAAUCUUAAUACCCUCAUUGUUUUUCCUAUCCAACUGAUGAUCUCUACAAUUAGGAAUCCCCUUCUUCCAUUUGUGACUGGAAACACUUGUAUUGAUCUCAGUCCAAGUAUGUUGUGAUAUAUUGGUGUAAGGUAGCAUCCAAAUUGGUUACAUUUAUAGUUAUACUCCAAAGAAGUUAAUUGCAGGAUCUGAAGUCUGCAAACAUGGUUCUUCUUAGUUAAGGUGAACAUUUAUCUACAAGGUAAAGGAUAAAAUGUUAUUUUUAUACAUCACUAAAAGUUUAAUGUGACUGUUUCGUGAACUUUGGAAUAAAGUACCCUAGAUACAAGCCAAGUAUCAGUGCAAAUUUGGGUACUUUAACGUAAAACACUUUACUGAGGGAAGGAGAAAAAAUAUUGAAACACCCAGUAUGUUUUAUUUAGAACUAAUACAAUGGCCAAUAUUAUUGAUAUUAAUUUCAGAUGUUGUUGUCUUCUCAAGCAGUUCCUAAGGGUUGAUGAUAACUUGCUUCCACUCCAGUUCAUGUGUUCUAUCAGCAGGUAUGGUGCAAGGAAAAUUGGUAUGUGCGUGCUGGGGAAAGGACCAAGGGUGGUAUGGGAGUAUCAGAGAAUGGGACUGAUCAAUAUGUCAGUGUUUCUUCCAAGAAGCUUUACAUUUAGUACUGAUACUGUACAUUAACUGGGUGAAACUUGUAUAUGAUAGCAGCUGUUUGACUGGAUUAAGGUGAAAUAGUGAGAGAGAACCAGUUGGGUUGUGCUGUGUGAAAGCAACUCAUUUGACUGUUUUGCUGAUAAGCAGAAAACAGUUACUCAUCUCUCAACAUUCACACACUGUAAAUUCACUAUGUUGUUGGGCCAUGAGGCAAAAAAACCUCAAAUGAAAAAAGGUUCCAAAUCAAUCUGUAAUUUGAAGCAUUCCAUAUUACAUGGUCUUUAAUAAACUUUUUUUGUCAAACGAA